CUGAGAGUCACAGGGAGGUGAAGGUGAGGUUUACACCCACAGAGCUGCAGGUAAGAGGCGGAGCCACCCUGAAGAGGAGAGCUGCUGCGUCACACUCAGGAAACGAGAGUUAACUUCAGAGUCAGAAACACUGCAGUCGAGACGAGUCUCUGCUUUUCUCUCUGAGACGAUUCAAAGUGACGUCUUCAGGUUUUUCUCAACAACUCAACAGAGUCUCUUCCAAACACUGACAUGGCUGCUUCUAACCUUCUGCUGUCUGAAGAUCAGUUCCUGUGCUCCGUCUGUCUGGAUGUGUUCACUGAUCCAGUCACAACACCAUGUGGACACAACUUCUGCAAAAAGUGCAUCACUGAACACUGGAAUGUGAGUGACAGGUGCCAGUGUCCCAUGUGCCAAGAGGUUUUCACCACCAGACCAGAUCUGAAGGUCAACACCUUCAUGUCUGAGAUGGUUUCUCAGUUCAGACAGUCGACUCAGCAGAAAGCCAGCAGCAGCAGCUCAGAGCAACAAGAGUCCAGACCAGGAGAAGUUCCCUGUGACGUCUGCACUGGAACCAAACUGAAGGCCCUGAAGUCCUGCCUGGUGUGUCUGGCCUCCUACUGUGAGACUCACCUGGAGCCUCACCUGACAAUGUCAGGCCUGAAGAGACAUCAGCUGAUGGACCCUGUGGAGAACCUGGAAGACAGGAUGUGUCUGAAGCACGAUAAACCUCUGGAGCUGUUCUGUAGGACCGACCAGACGUGUGUCUGCAUGCUCUGCACUGUGUUGGACCACAAGAUGCACAAUGUUGUUCCUCUGAAACAAGAAUAUGAAGGAAAGAAGGUGGAGCUGCAGAAGACAGAGGCUGAAACUCAGGAGAUGAUCCAGAAGAGACGACUGAAGAUUCAGGAGGUCCAACACAACGUGAAGCUCAGUGAGGAAGAUGCAGACCGAGAGAAAGCAGAAGGUGUUCAGGUCUUCACUGGUCUGAAGGAGUCUGUGGAGAGGAAACUGAAGGAGCUCAUCACUACGUUAGAAGAGAAGCAGAGAAGCACCAAGAAACAGGCUGAAGACGCCAUCAGAGAGAUGGAACAGGAGAUCUCUGAUCUGAUGAAGAGGAGCACUGAGGUGGAGAAGCUCUCCCUCUCUGAAGACCACCUCCACCUCCUCCAGAGUGUCCAGUCCCUCAACAUCCACCAUCCACCACCCACCAAGGACUGGUCUCAGGUCAGUGUUCCUCCAGCAUCACAUGAGGGGACUGUGAGGAGAGCUGUGUCUCAGCUGGAGGAGACGCUCAGUAACAUGAUGAAGACGCUGGUUGAAGUGAAGAUGAAGAGGGUCCAGAAGUUUGCAGUGGACGUGACUCUUGAUCCUGAAACAGCUCAUCAUCAACUCAUCCUGUCUGAUGAUGGGAAACAAGUGAAACAUGCUCAGGUACAGCAGCCACGUCUCCCCGACAAUCCACAGAGGUUCUCUUCUUGUCUCUGUGUUUUAGGAACACAGAAGUUCUCUUCAGAAAAACUUUAUUACGAGGUUCAAGUGAAACAAAAGACUGAAUGGAUUUUAGGAGUGGCCAGAGAGUCGGCCAACAGGAAGGGACUCAUCACACCGAGUCCUCAGAACGGUUACUGGACUAUAUAUUUGAUAAAUGGAAACGAGUACGAAGCUGCUGAUGAUCCUCCAGUUGUUCUCUCCCUGAAGUCUGGGCCUCAGAAGGUGGGGGUGUUUGUGGACUAUGAGGAGGGUCUGGUCUCCUUCUAUGACGUAGAAGCUGCAGCUCUCAUCUACUCCUUUACUGGCUGCUCCUUCAAGGAGAAACUCCUCCCAUACUUCAGUCCUGGUAAUUAUCUUGGUGGUAUAAACUCUGCUCCUCUGAUCAUCUCUCCUGUUGGAGUAAACUAAUCACUCUCUUUGGUUAUUGUAAUGAUUUUAAUCAUUGAAGAGAAUAAAUGUACAUAUCUUGUCUUAAUAUCAUGCAGUUGAACUUGACAUCUUACUGUUUACUGUGGUGAUUGAUUUACACGUAAUUAUUAAAUGUAUCCCGUUACAUAUAAACACAUUAAUCUCUUAAACUCUGCAUCAUGACACAUUAAAUGUAGAAUUUAAAUUCAAAUCUUUGUUAAAUCUAAGACAUUUAUUUCUACGUCCAGAAGAAAGAUCCAGAAAAGUAAAGCCUGGUUGACAGAAGUUGUUUCAUGACAAAUAAAUUGUAUUCUGUGACUUUCAUAAUAAAAGAUGUUUACAAGCCA